AUGGCGACAGACAUGUUCCGGUACAUGUUCGCUUGCGCUGGCGGCAAGGAGGAGGGCUACCAACAGCAGCAGAGGGUGCAGCAGCUGUUCCAGCCGGCGGGCCAGCAGCUGGACGCGCUGUCGGACGGCUGCCACACGCCGAGCCCAGGCAGCCAGCGGUCCGUCACCCCCGGCUGCGAGGCCGCCGCGGCAACCCCGGGUCCCGACCUGCUGCCGCGGUACACCGCCCUCAUGCCGCCACUGCACCUCGCCUACAGGGAAUCAGUGGAGGAGUUCAUCGCACCAGACCUGCACCCACUGGUGCUGCGCUACGGCGAGCAGCAACAGCCGGCGCCUGCUGCGGUGAAGCAGGAGCUGUGCAAGGUGGAGCAACUGAGGUACGCCGUGCAGCAGCCGCUGAACCUCAACAGGGCGUUCGACCGGCUACGCACGCACCUGCCCUCGCUCGGCAACGACCGGCAGCUCUCCAAGUACGAGACGUUGCAGAUGGCGCAGACCUACAUCACCGCCCUCUACGACCUCUUGCAGUAG